AUGGAAAUCAUGGAAUGGAGGAAAUGUUAUAUGGACGUGGUACUGGUGCCAUUGGGAAUAUUUAUUUUUUGGCAGGACAUUGAGAAGAGGAACAUCGUGGCGGUCCAAACUCUGAGGAACACGAUAAUGGGAUCAACCCUUAUGGCCACCACGUCAAUCAUUCUUUGCGCCGGUCUCGCAGAAGUGAUAAGCAGCACAUAUGGUGUCACAAAGACGCCAUUUGACGACACCGUUUACGGGGGUCAAGGGGAAUUCAUGGUAGCCGUAAAACGCGCGACGCUCUUAAUCACCUUCCUCUUGUCGUUUUUCAGUCACUCCAUGUCGUUAACGUUUCUGAACCAAGUGAACAUCCUGAUAAGCACCCUGGAGGAUCCCAAGUCGAUAGUGACGCCGGAGUACGUCUCUCAUCUUCUGGAGAAAGGCUGCGGUUUGAGCACGGCGGGCAAUAGAAUUUUUUACCUCGCAAUUCCUCUUCUGCUUUGGUUCUUUGGGCCACUGCUGGCUUUCUUGUGUUUUCUCACAAUGGUGCCACUGCUUUACAACCAUGACUUUCUGUAUCAGCGUGUGUAG